GCGCAGCAGGAACACAGCGAACACCUGUCUCGAGGUGGACAGACAGCGGCGGCUCGCGAGCGCUCAUGUUCUUCUGUGUGGCGUGAAGCUGGAGCACGCAUCUCGGAACCCGCCACCCCUCCGCUGGGCUGGACCGGAGCAGCCAGCCCUCUGGACCGAUGUCCUGGCCGAGAUGUCCCGACACAUCUACAUACGGAACAAGAUUGGCGAGGGCAUCCAAGCGCCUAUCUUUCAGGAAUAGAAAGAAAGAAAGAAAAAGUCCGGAGGUAAGGAGAAAAGUGAAUCGAGGGACUUAUUCCAGGAGGAGCCGACUCAAGCGUUCGGAUGGCAGCACCACCUCCACCAGUUUCAUCCUCAGACAGGGCUCAGCUGAUUCAUAUACUAGCAGACCAUCAGACUCAGAUGUCUCUCUGGAGGAGGAGCGGGAGGUGCAGGCCCAGGUCCAGAGCCAGAGCCCAAGCCAGAGCCAAGGACCGGGACAGAGCCGCCAGGAGAGGGAGCAGCAGGCCACCAUUCAACUGGAAAGAGCCAAGACUAAGCCUGUGGCAUUUGCUGUAAGGACCAACGUCAGCUAUUGUGGCGCACUGGAUGAGGAUGUUCCAGUACCAGCCACAGCCAUCUCCUUUGACGCCAAGGAUUUCCUUCACAUAAAAGAGAAGUUCAACAAUGACUGGUGGAUAGGUCGGUUAGUGAAAGAGGGCUGUGAGAUCGGCUUCAUCCCCAGCCCUCUGAAGCUCGAGAACAUCCGGCUGCAGCAGGAGCAAAAGAGAGGACGAGUCCAAGGUAAGUCUGGAGGGAACUCUUCUUCCAGUGUAGAGGAUGAGGUAUCUGCCUCUAUCCGACCUCUCAUAUCCUCUGCAGGAAAGCAGAAACAGAAAGUGACGGAGCACAUCCCCCCGUAUGAUGUGGUUCCUUCCAUGAGGCCUGUAGUGCUGGUGGGACCCUCGCUUAAGGGUUAUGAGGUAACCGACAUGAUGCAAAAAGCAUUGUUCGACUUCCUCAAGCACAGAUUUGAUGGCAGGAUAUCGAUCACACGAGUCACAGCAGAUAUAUCAUUAGCCAAGAGGUCUGUUCUCAAUAACCCGAGUAAGAGGGCCAUCAUUGAAAGAUCCAACACUCGCUCCAGCUUAGCUGAGGUGCAAAGUGAGAUUGAGAGGAUCUUUGAGUUGGCCCGCUCCCUGCAGCUGGUGGUGCUGGACGCUGACACCAUCAACCACCCAGCCCAGCUCCUCAAGACCUCCCUGGCCCCCAUCAUCGUUCAUGUUAAAGUCUCCUCGCCAAAGGUUCUGCAGAGGCUUGUCAAAUCCAGAGGGAAGUCCCAGAGCAAACACCUGAAUGUGCAGCUUGUGGCAGCUGACAAACUGGCCCAGUGUCCUCCAGAAAUGUUUGACAUCAUCCUGGACGAGAACCAGCUGGAGGACGCCUGUGAGCAUCUCGCCGAAUACCUCGAGGCCUACUGGAAAGCGACCCAUACCUCGAUGGCGACGCCCCUAAACCCCCUGCUGGGACGCAACCUGGGCCCCACCACCCUCACCCCCUACCCCACCACCAUCUCUGGACUGCAGCAGAGCCAAAGAAUGCGACAGAGCAACCACACGGGAGACCAUUCCACCCCGAAUGAGCGGCGUAACCUGAUGACAUCGGACGAAAAUUACCACAACGAGCGGGCGCACAAGGGACGCAACCGCAUGUCUUCUGGCUCACAGCAUAGCCGAGAGCAGCAGGACCCCUACCAGGACUACCAGGACCCCUAUCAGGAUGCAUACAAGCCACAUCGCAAUCGCAGUUCACCGGGCAGCUACAGCCAUGACUCCCGGCACCGGCUCUGAGCCAACUUCUAUCAUCACCAGGGCCCAAACGGCCCAGAUUCCACCUGAAAUAAACGCUGCAACAGAGCCAAGAUGGUCCCAAAUUGUACCUUUUUGUUUUGGAUCGCGUUCAUUUGUUUUGUCUACCUGGCUAUUUUUCUCUUUAAAAGUCCAACGAAAUCAUGUUCAGGUGUUUGUUUUUAACCAAGCUGCCAGGGCAAACCCCGUCAAUCAACAGCGCGAGUAGUCACAAGGUUCAGGAUGCCAACAUUAACUAAUGCUGUAAAAUGAAUUCCUUAAAUUUCUGUUCCUGGGACCUUUUGGGAUUGUACUAACAAUGCUCAGCAGAUGUGCAAAGCAGACUGUGCUUGUUGCCUGUCUCAGCAAGCUAAUUAUGAAUAGUGGUCAGAUGGUGAUGGUGUAUGGGCUUCUACGUGCCUGGGACAUCGCACCAGGUCAGAGGGAAGUCCACUGCACACAGACUGCUGAAGGCUGCUGACCCCUACCCUGGGCCAUGUAUAAAUCCCCUCACCAUUUAGCUUAUUGCAUGCUGAUAGAUGACCAACCUCCGCAUCCACUUCACUGAUAUUUUGUACCUAGCAUUCUGGAUUCUCCUGUGACGAGGUGUAGAUAUGGAGGUCCAAUUUUCUAAAUCACCUGAUUGUGUGGAUAAGACGGUAGGUGGUGGGUUUGCGUGGGGGUGUGCAGAUGAUAUCUGGCUGCUAGUUUCGAAAACUGGUGCUUCACAUUCCCAAACUAUUUUGCUAUUUGAAAGUCACUUUGAGCAAGGCCAGCUUUUCUGUAGCAUAGCUUUAGGAUUUCAUUUGGGUGAAGACCCUCACCGUCAUAAGCGGAGCAGAUUCUGAUGGUGCUGGGAUCAGAUCUCAGUUACACUGUAGGAGAAGGCAAUAUUGCUUCUGUUCUUAACAGCAAGCACUUAGAGAGGUAGAGAAGACAAUAGCUGCGACAGUUUGUCUAGUAUAGUGAAAUACAAUAGCAAAAUACGACUUGAGAUGCCGUUUGAUGUUGCUAAGAUGUGGACCAGCAUAGAAACCAAUGCUAUGAGAACCUUUCAAGCAGUUUGGGAUGUUCUCUCUGAUAUUUUUGACCCUGCCAGCGCGAGGAAUCGGAUUUGGGAACGGUGUGAUCGACCGUGAAGAGCAUUUGCUGCUGAAACUACAGGUUGCAUUUAUUAUCAACAUAAUACAAGUUGUAUAGCAUUGAAACAAAAGAACAGGUGUUGGUUAAGUCUUGCGAUUGGUUCACGGCCAUCAAAUAUUCCUUCCUGUGGUUUUAGGGGAUCAAAGCAUUAAAAAUGUGACAUGGCAGGAUCGGUUGCAUCAUGUUCAUUCUCUGUGUAGCUGGCAUGUUGUCCUGACUGCAGAGCAUGUUCCCUCCAAACUUAAAAUAGAACCCUAGUGUAAUCAAGUUGAUGUUUGUAGAAGUAUAGGGCACCUUUCUCCGAAAAAAUGAAAAAAAGUAAAAGAUGGCCCAAAUUACAGAUAAAUGAUUUCUCUGGAUCCCUGGGGUUUUUCACUCAAAACACUGAAAUG